UUAAAAACAAUUUUUAAAACAUAAAUAAUUAGGUAUAAUCAAUUUAAUAAUCACAAAUUCUCAAACCAUAUCAUUUUAUUGGUGAGCUAGUGGCAUAUAUACGCCUAGCCAAACAUGCUCUAAUCAUACCUUACUUUUAAGAAAGGAAUUUAUGCAACAAAGCAAAUGGGUAUGUGCAUAUGCCUCUCUGCGGUUCUAAAUCAAACAGGCCAAUGGAUUACAGCUCCUACACACCACUAUCUUAAAAAGAUCGGGCCUCGUUGAUCCGCGAGCUUGACCAUAAGCCCAAGAAGAUCUCUAAGUUUGCAUUCCCGAACUUUUUGACGGGCCUGAGCAGCCCGUACCCAAACAUAAAAGACCAGUAACUUUGGGCCAGGGAUCGGAACCGGGGCCCAGAAUAGGGCCUAUUCUUGACUUUCAAACUAUGUUCAAAGAAAGGGCAGGGAGGGAGUAAAUGGUAAAUAAGCCUUGGACAGUCACGUGUACCGGUCUGCGGUACUGUUACUUUGGCAUGGCAGUCACGUGUCUCCUCCUUCAUUUCUCCCCUCCAUUUACGUUUCAUUUCAGCGACCUCUUGACAAUCUUCCCCCCUUCCUCCGUCGAAUCCCCGCACUAUAUAUACACCACUCCAAACCCGUAGCUUUCACACAGGUCUCCCAGAGAUUCAACAAUGGCGGCCUACACUUCCUCUGUGCCCGCCGCCCCUCUUCUGAAAGACGAGCUCGAUAUCGUGAUCCCCACGAUCCGGAACCUGGAUUUCCUGGAGCAGUGGAGGCCGUAUUUCCAGCCCUACCACUUGAUCAUUGUCCAGGACGGAGAUCCUUCCAAGGUCAUCAAGGUCCCCCAGGGAUUCGACUACGAGCUCUACAACCGCAAUGACAUUAACCGGAUCCUCGGCCCCAAAGCCUCCUGCAUCUCCUUCAAGGAUUCCGCGUGCCGUUGCUUUGGAUACAUGGUCUCCAAGAAGAAGUAUGUCUACACCAUUGACGACGAUUGCUUUGUAGCUAAAGAUCCUUCUGGAAAGGAAAUUAAUGCGCUGGAGCAGCAUAUUAAGAACCUGUUAUCUCCAUCUUCUCCAUUCUUCUUCAACACAUUGUAUGAUCCCUACCGAGAGGGAGCAGACUAUGUGCGCGGGUACCCCUUCAGUCUCCGAGAUGGUGCCCCAACCGCUGUUUCCCAUGGCCUGUGGCUUAACAUCCCAGAUUAUGAUGCCCCAACCCAGCUUGUCAAGCCUCUUGAGAGGAACACUAGGUAUGUUGAUGCGGUGAUGACAAUACCAAAGGGAACCUUAUUUCCAAUGUGUGGUAUGAAUUUGGCGUUUGACCGUAAUCUGAUUGGCCCUGCCAUGUAUUUUGGACUAAUGGGCGAUGGGCAGCCUAUUGGUCGCUAUGAUGAUAUGUGGGCUGGCUGGUGUACCAAGGUGAUCUGCGACCACUUUGGGUGGGGAGUGAAGACAGGACUGCCAUACAUUUGGCACAGCAAGGCCAGCAAUCCAUUCGUGAACCUUAAGAAGGAAUACAAGGGGAUCUAUUGGCAGGAGGAGCUCAUCCCGUUUUUCCAGUCGGUCACCCUCCCAAAUGAGUGCACCACCGUGCAGUCGUGCUACCUUGAGCUGGCCAAGCAAGUGAAAGCCAAGCUUGGCAAGGUUGAUGCUUACUUCACCCAGCUUUCUGAUGCCAUGGUCACGUGGAUUCACGCUUGGGAUGAGCUCAACCCGCCGCCACCCACCUCUGCCACGCUUCCCAAUGGAACCUCCGCAAAUGGCUCAAAGUCAUCGUAAAGCUUUCUUUCCCAGGAGGCCAUGCUUGGACUUGUACUUCAAUUCUAUUCUAGGCUUGUGUAAGGAUCCGAGAGAGUACUUUUUUUCUGUCUUUAUUUGUUCUUCAAUAUAAUGAAUUUCAAACCAUAUCUUUGUUUUCCAGCAUUAGAGUCUAUAUGAUACACAUACACACAGUGAGAAAGUGAAAUUUUAUUUUUGUUACUACAGAAGUAUGGAAUAAUCAUAUGUUGUUAUA